AACUGGCUUACGAACUGUACCGAGAGCUGAGGAAUAGUCCCCUUCAACCGAAUUGGGAUACUUAUGCUUGAAUGCUUGAUACUUGAUACUGGACUUGCCUCCUUUCAGAACCUUGCUUCGUUCUCCCUGACCAAAAUCGUACCUUGCACUACUCAAAGCUGUCGGCAUCAUCAAGCGCCAACAAGGCUGCAUACGCAUCACCCUAGCUUGCCGAUUCGAUCCGCCCCGCCGAGCCGAGUUGGAGAUGCCGAACUGAGUUACCGGCCGGUAACGGAGCCGGCUCUUGUCACCAACCCGAACCACCCUACAGAUACCUUCGCCGUUGAAACUCAUCCUCUAUCCACAAUCAACUCUUGAUCACAGCUCUGUUCUGGUAUGAGACCAUUUCGCUCUUCCACCCGACUUCGUUUCCAUCGCCUGACAACCUCACCACGCCAGUCACCGCUCCAACCCCUCGCCUCCUCGCUCGCCAUACCACCACCGCCCAUCGACGCCGGCCCCCGUAAACUGCCACCCGUCGGAUCGAGUCUCUUUGCAACCAUGGUCCAAGUCACCCAGCUCAAGGUGGCCGUCCUCGACGACUACCAGGGUACCUCGGAACCCCACUUCAACAAGCUGGACAAGUCGCUCUUCAAUGUCACCACCUUCAAGGACACCCUGCUGCCCUACAACCACUCCGAGACCCCUGAGUAUGCCAAGGAUGCCUUGGUCUCGAGGCUGGAGCCCUUCGAUGUCAUUUGCACCAUGAGGGAACGCACCCCAUUCCCCCGGAGCCUCAUCGAGAGGCUGCCGAACCUCAAGCUCCUCCUCUCCACCGGCCUGCGGAACAACAGCCUCGACCUCCCAGCCUUCAAGGAGCGCGGCAUCCCCGUCGCGGGCACCGCGGACAAGUCGACGGGCAAGCAGGUCGGCACGAACAGCACGACCGAGCACUGCGUCACGCUCGUCCUCUCGCUGGCGCGCAACAUCGCCGCCGACGACCUCGCCGUCAAGUCGGGCCUCUGGCAGACCGACCUGGCCGUCGGCCUGACGGGCAAGACGUUCGGCGUCCUCGGGCUCGGCCGCCUCGGCGUGUCGACGGCCAAGAUCAUGAACCUGGCCUUUGGCAUGCGCAUCAUCGCCUGGAGCCCGAACCUCACCCAGGAGGCCGCCGACGAAAAGGCAAAAGCCGAGGGCCUGCCCGUCGAGGGGCCCGACGGCGACAAGACGUUCAAGGUCGUGAGCCGCGAGGAGCUCUUCGCCGCCGCCGACGUCCUGAGCGUCCACGUCGUGCUGUCCGACCGCUCCCGCGGGAUGAUCACGGCCGACGACCUCUCCAAGAUGAAGAGGUCGGCGCUCUUCGUCAACACGUCCCGCGGACCGCUGGUCGUGGAGAGGGACCUGCUGGACCUGCUGAAGAAGGGCGGCAUCCGGGGCUGCGCCCUGGACGUCUUCGACCUCGAGCCGCUGCCUCUGGACAGCGAGUGGCGGACGGUCAGUUGGGGGCGGGACGGACGCAGCAGGGUGCUGCUGACGCCUCACAUGGGGUACGUCGAGGAGAAGACGCUGAACUCUUGGUAUGAACAGCAGGCGGAAAACAUCAAGAGGUGGCAGUCGGGCGACGUUCUAGUCAACGUACUUGCGUGAGAUGGUACCGGCAAGGAGGGCAAUGAGCGCAGGGCACUGAAGUUUAUGAGAAUGAUGAAAUGGUUCUUAAGUUCGAGCACUAUGACAAUGCGUCGCUUAGGGCGUAAACAAUGUUGGACCAAGACAAGGCUCUUGGAUGUGUUAAUUGUCUCCCCUUCUCAUCUGAGCACAGAAAAUCCUGCAUCAAGGACUACAAUUGCACGCUACUAGGCUCCGACCAAGUCUGUAAGAGAGGUUGGCUAGACCAAGGGGGGCAU